CAAUCCCCCGCGCUUUCAGCGUAAUUCAAAAUGGCGGCACCGGUAUUGAGAAUUUCCAGAAGAUGUCUUUGCUCUCAAGCCACUAAAACGCGUGUAACAAGACCAAGAUCGCAUAUUGAUAGAAUAAUUCGCGUAGACCAUGCAGGAGAACUGGGCGCUGAUAGAAUAUAUGCUGGGCAAAUGGCAGUUCUCGGAAAAACUAGCGUAGGACCAACCAUUCAGCAUAUGUGGGAUCAGGAAAAGGAACACCUUAAAAAGUUUGAGCAGGUUGUAGCUGAGAAAAGAGUCAGGCCCACAGCUCUGAUACCUCUGUGGAAUAUAGCAGGAUAUGUUUUAGGAGCAGGAACUGCUCUACUUGGGAAGGAAGCUGCCAUGGCAUGUACUGUAGCUGUGGAGGAAGUGAUUAGCGAGCAUUACGACAAUCAGACAAUACAAAAGUUUCGUGAUGAAGAGUUGGAACAUCUCCAUAUUGGAGAGGAACAUGAUGCUGAAAAGGCACCGAUGUAUCAAGUAUUAUCAACAGCAAUACAGACAGGCUGUAAAGCAGCUAUAUGGUUAUCAGAGAGGAUAUAACAUCACAAACACGUAGCAGUUGACACUUCUCAGUCUCUUCAGUUCUGAGAAACAAUGACAGAGGUUCUCCCUUUGUGAGCUAUUCACUUGAAAACUGGUCAUCACGAUGUGCUUGAAGACACUCGUUUAAGGAGACAAAUGAUCCCCAGUGACUGGUACUGAGGGAUGUGAAAAUUACAACAGCUGCUCAAAUUAAGACUUGGCUUCAAAUGAAAUAAGUUCAAAGUGAUGUUUAUAUAUUUAAAGCCCAAGAUAAUUGCCUGUCAAAAAAGUCAAAAUUGUUAAAAAAAAAUACUAGAUGACUUGCUACAUUUUAAUAAAAGAUAAAUACAAUAAGUUGAAUCAUCAAAUAUUACUUGAUGUUUUACAGCAGUUCCAAAAUUUUGUUUUCAUCUGUAGUCCAGUUGUAGUUCUCCAUUUUUGCUGCAUUCUUUUGAAGAUUUUCAGACUGCACAUUUUAAUUUUUGGCAAAUACUUGAUGUUAGGUAGAUUCCCUUGCUAUUUUUUAUUGUUGUAUAGUGUCUAAGAAGUCGUGUCACUCAAAAGGCCGAUGAUGUAACUAGUAAAGAAACAUAGAAUGAGUUUCAUUUUAGUUGUUCUUUCUUCUUUGCUAUAGAACUUUGGGGAAACCACUUUCUUGGGUUUUAAAAGGACAUCUUAGUAUUUUCUUUGCAUGUUUACAAAAUCACAGCCUGCUGCAUCACCUGCUAGUUACAGAGUCAAAGCCUUGUAGUAGUUACGUCAUUCCAAGAUGUGAAUAAUCUGUAUUUAAUAUUAAAUUUUCUCCUGAUUAUGGAAAAAGAUGAUUGUUCUUUUCAUUCCAGGAGAAACUGUUAAAAUUCA